ACCACACUCGCGUCGGUGGGGUUGAGAGAGUCUCGCACGCUCGCUCGCGCUCGCAAUACUCGCUCACCGCCGUAGCGUCAGUCGGUUCUCGGUUCCUUCCUUCCGCGGAGCGCGCUCACCUGUUGCAGCAGAGCUGCGCGCCCAAUGAGGCGGCGAUCCUCAUCCUCAUCACCGAUCGGCCUUGUAUAUGAUCUUGUCGACUGGUCGUCCGGUACACGCAGCGCGAACGUCUGGCAAUGAGGGAACCGGCGCAGGAGACUGCCAUCAGCAGCAAGCCCUCGGUAGCUGCCUGCAACAUAGUCGUCGCCUCGGCGCUCGAUGACAGCACGAUGAUGCAGAACAACAACAACAAGAAGGAAGCCACCACCGACGAGUCGACGUCCUCAUCGAUCGGCUGGAAAACCAUGAGCAUCAGGCAGAAGUGUUCCUACAUCCUGCGCAACAUUACCGUUGAGCCGAUGGUCGCGUUCUACAUUAUGCCGAGUGUCCUCGCCUCUCUGGCGACUCAGAACUUGAAUUUGGAGAAGGCUUGCAAGGUGAACCUCGGCUACUCGGACGCGAUCUGCGCGGCGUUGGCGGCGCGCAACACCAGCGGACUCGAGCUCGAGGAGACGGCCGUGCAACAGCUGGUCGCCAGUAUGCAGACCUGGAAGACGGCGCUGCAGAGCUUUUUCCCCUCGAUCCUCAUCGUCUUCAUGGGCGCGUGGAGCGACAGGAACGGCUUGAGGAAGCCCUGCAUGAUGCUGCCGAUCGUCGGCGAGUUCCUCACCAGCAUAAGCUUGAUAGCCUGCGUCUACUGGUUCUACGAGCUGCCGAUGGAAGCUGCCGGUGUCUUCGAAGCUCUCUGGCCAGCGCUCACGGGCGGCUGGUUCACCAUGAUCAUGGGCACCUUCAGCUACAUCGGCGACAUCACGAGCGUCGAGUCGAGAACGGUGAGGGUCGGCGCCGUCAACUCGUUCCUGAGCCUCGGCGUACCGGUCGGCAUGGCUCUCUCGGGUGUCCUCUACAUCAAGCUCGGCUUCUACGGGGUCUUCGGCAUCGCCGCGGCCUGCUACGUCUUCAGCUUCAUGUACGGCCUGAUCGUGAUCAAGGAGGCGCCUCGAGCCCUGGAACUGAGAAAGAGCAUCAAACUCGCGCAAGCUUCGGAGCUCAAGAGACUGACCUGGUGGGCCUCGGUUACCGAUUUCUUCGCGCUGAGGCACGUGCAGGAGACCUUUCGCGUAGCCUUCAAGCAGGGACCCAGGAACCGAAGGAAGAGGGUCAUGGUCCUCAUGCUGAUCGUCAUGGUGCUCAUCGGCCCUAUGUAUGGUGAAAUGGCGGUGAUGUACCUGUUCACGAGGUAUCGCUAUCGAUGGAACGAGGUCCAGUUCAGCUUCUACUCGACCUACAGCAUGGUGAUAAAUCUCAUAGGUACACUGUUCGCGGUGGGAGUGUUCAGUCAUUUCCUGAAGAUGGACGACGCGCUGCUCGGAGUGCUGAGCUGUGUCAGCAAGAUACUCGCGAGCUUCGUCUACGCCUUCUCUACGACCGACUGGAUGAUGUACAUCGCGCCGCUGGUGGAAAUAAUAAACGGCACGUCGUUCAUCGUGAUGCGCUCGAUAACCUCGAAGCUGGUUCCACCUGACGAGCUGGGCAAGGUGAACUCGCUGUUUGGCGUUUGCGAGGCCAUAGUGCCACUGGUCUACGGACCGAUGUACAGCUCGAUUUACGGGGCCACGGUCAAUAACUUUCCGGGGACGUUCUUCCUCGUCGGCGGUGGCCUCAUGAUCCCCGGCGUCAUCGCCUUCUUAUGGCUGUACAUGGAGCACAGGAAAGACGACGCUUUGGAGCGCGAGCAAGCGGCGGCACAGCUGGCCGCAGCGAACAACAAAGAGCCGACAAAAGGUGGCAAACAGGAGCCGAUGGAGAACCGGCUGGAGAACGGCCUGACGCUUGGCAAGAUGAGGAGCAACUCGACGAGCGGCAACGUCGAAGUCACGGGUAUCGACAACGCGGCCUUCGAGUCCGAGAAACUGUGAUCAUACUGCGCGACGACCUAUCGCGCGCGCGCGCGCGCAAUGCCAAAUAUGAGAAAGAGAGAAAGGGACGAGCUUUCGAAUGUAAAGCUCUUGUUGUCGUUAUCUUUGGGGUCGUUAUCGUGUGUGCGAGAUGAUGAUGAAGAAGUGCUUGUUAUGUAUAGGGAGAGAGAUUUGUAUAUUUGUGAAAAAUCAGCGAUGCGGGUCUAGUGUUAACGUUAUGACGAAAGGGAUUUUGUGCGUAGAACAACGUGUAUACGUGAAAGAACAAUGCAUUUUUACAAUAACACAAGUGAGUCUCAAGCGUACGUAUAGCCUAUACAUUUUCGCGCAACUAUUUCAUUCCGUCAAAGCUAUAUAUUCGCGCGCGUGCAUUGAAAAGAUUUUUUUUUUCUUUUUUCACGUAAAUGUAAUUAUAUCAUAUACAUAUGUGUUUCCAAAAUCACCGGUCGACGCAACAAUUAUUCCUCGACAAAAAGUGCAAUAAACGAGAGAGAGAGAGAGAGAGAGAGAGAGAGAGAGAGAGAGAGAGAGAAGAGUAUAUAUGUAUACAUAUUACGUGAUAUAGUAUUAAAGUGUAAAUAAUCAUGCGGAUGGAGCGGCAGCUCGCUCUCGUCCUGUGCGCGUUCCGUGUAAGAUUAAGUAUAAUUUACCUGAUAACGAUGAUGAAACAGUAUUUUUCUAAGGAUAUCCUUUAAGCACGAAGAGGUAUUAUUAUCGAGAGGACGACGACGUCGAGAAUUACAAGUGCGAGAUAUUUUGAUAUUUUUUGUUAAUUUAGGGAUCACGUAUUCGAGCUGUAUUUUUAAACGAAAUUUUACCGAGGAAACGAUUUUUGCGGUAGUCUGUUGACGCGUAACAACUGAGAUUAACGACGAGUUUUAUACGAGCAUUAAUGUUUUCAGCCAUUUACACAACCAUUUUUGUAUGAAAUAAAAAAAAAAAGAAACUGCGUUUGCGAGUUGUAUUUUGAUGACGAGGAAAAACAAGUAAUUAUAAAGGUAGAAAGUGUCACAAUAAGGAAGUUUAGAAGAGCAGUUGGAUCACUACGUCAACAGAGAGACAAUAACUAUAAUCUUGACGCCGUGUAGAUUUUAUUGUAAAUAAAGAAAAAAGUGUACUUAACUAAAGUUUAACGCUGUAUUCUCCAGUAGUAAGCGGUUAGAAUGACGUGGCAUCUUCCGAGAGCGAUUCCCCGAGUCAGUGCGUGAAAUUGUGCUACCAAAAAGAAGAUUGUCUAUUUUAAUUUAUGAACACAGAAAAAAAGUAAUAUAAUAUAUCAGCGUUAUUUAUAUAUUGUUCUUGCGCCCGAAGCUGUUUGGAAUUCGAAAUAAAAACUAUUGAAAAUCAACUUUCUCCACUGUCCAUCCCUACAUCUCAUAUUCGCGGCUACAGUAAAAAUGUUCAGUUCUGCGAAAUUGUACAAGAAAACGUAUGGGUGAUUGUGAGACGGCUAUCAGACGGCCGGGCUGUAACAUUAUAACAAUGAAAGCACAUCGACCUCCUAUUAUUUCCUCGAUAUUCAUAUAAAACAAAAGCCAGCCCAGCCAAAUAUCUCUGAACGCGUCAAUCUCGACCGACAUAACCGCAUCAGUAAAUAAUAACCUUUCGCAAUAGAAAGGAACCUUUGAAAAGCCGCGAUCAAGAUCCACGCAUAUAAAGCAGCACAUCCGAAUAAAAUCCAACGCAGAGCUGGAUAAUGCGGACAGGACGCUUCAAAAAGAGACGGAAGAGACGUUCGUCUGGUCGCGGCUCCCGGAACUGAUCUUGACGCAGGUGUUCUCGCUGCUCAGUCGAGAGGACAGAGCUAGCGCCGGUCAAGUAUGCCUGCACUGGAACCGAUGCCUCGACUCGGCCUGCCUCUGGCGGCGCUGCAGCAUCUACAUCGAUUGCGAUCUCAGCCUGGACUACAGUGUCGCCAGUGAGAUGACCCUGAGGUACGGCGAGCACAUGCGCGUCCUCGAGCUGGCCUGGUCGAAGCCCUACGUGACACCGCGAAACACGUCCCGCCGUCAGCGCUACAGCAGGAGCAAGAAGAACGGCGCUUGCAGCGCCCAAGUGGAGGCCGGCGUUAACUUCCUCGAAUUGGUCCUGACCAAAGAGGCACAGCUGAGGGAACUGCUGCUCACCAACUGGCUCUACAGCGGCAAGUGGGGCAACUGCGCCAAGUUGCUCUACGGCCUUGCCAACCUUCUUGCAACCUGGAGAAGCUGAGUCUGCUGGACGCGAAUCUGGCGCAGAGCGACGUCCUGCGGCUCUUGGCUAUUGUGGCUAGGUUAGCCGGGGGGAGACUGGAGACACUCGAUCUGCGAGGGGCCUUUCGGGAGUGGCAGGCACCGCUGAACAGCGCGAGAUUCCUGCGUCUACUCGGCCGAUUCAGCAGUCUGGCGUACCUUAGCUUCGACUACCCGGCACUUUCGGACGGCGCUCUGGCUGCACUGGCGUCAGGCGCAGCGCCUUCGUUGCGCUUACUCCACGUCGCGGUGCAGGAAUCCGACUCCCGGCAGCAUCGGCUUUCCGACAACGCCUGGCGAGAGCUCGCGGACGUCUGCCCGAGGCUCGGCGUCGCUUACACCAUAUUGAAUCUGUCGGACCACGAGGAUCUGUGCUUCCUACUGCUGCCCAGUGUGCCGCUCGCCAGGUUUCGCAUGUACGCCAGCCAUGUUUGGGACCAGAACCGCACCCGUAACUUCCGCGGCACCGUCGGCCUCCUCAUCGCACACUACACCAAUACUCUCGAGGAAGUCAAACUGCACCUGAUCUACAAUAAGGAGAAGAUGGACGAUCUGAUAGUGUCCCUGCUGACAUCAUGCAAGCAGCUGGAGAACAUUCAUUACGAGGGUAUCCUGCGGGAUUUCGAGACGCUUCGUGACGUCUGUCAACUGCAGUUGGACAGCAAGACGCGCUGGUAUAACAAGAUCCACUUGAAGCCGCAAAAUGCGAACAUGCAUAACAGAGCCUUGAUACAAGACAUCGGCCGUCAGUACAACCGUAAGCUCCUCCAGCGAGGCGUGGAUUUUCGCAUCGAGAGUUUCGUCUAGACUGAUCCGCAAAAAUUCAAUGGGUUCAAUUAUAUACAAAUCGUGCUUUCAAUAAAUCUCUAUCUCUA